AUGACAACAACAGACGUUCGAGGAUUUCAUGAUACAAUAGAACUAGUAUCGAAUACCGGAAUACAAAAAGCACAACAAAGAAUCGAUCAUAUGAUCGUCAAAUCAUUCUUAGCUGGCGUUCUUUUAUCGUUUGGAGGUCUAUUUCUUCUAACGGUAGGCGCUGGCAGUACGCCGCUACGUCAAAAUCUUGGUCCCAGUAUACACAAAAUGAUACAAGCCGCCGUCUUUCCUAUUGGUCUUGUUUUAGUAGUUAUGACUGGUGCUGACUUGUUUACGGGAAAUACUAUGAUUUUGAUUGUAUCAACAUUACAUAGAAAAACAACAUGGCUUAAUCUGAUUGUUUCAUGGACUGUCUCAUUUUUUGGAAAUCUUGCCGGUUGUUUAUUUUUUCAGUGUAUACUUGUAUAUUAUGCAGGUCUUCUUUCGAAUGAUCCUUAUCGUUCAUUUAGUGUGCAACUUGCCGAAGUUAAAGGUAACAUAGAAUGGCAUCAGUUAUUCUUACGAGGUAUUGGUGGCAAUUGGCUUGUAUGUCUGGCAUUGUGGUUAGCUACAAGUGCACGUGAAUUACAUUCAAAAAUAAUCGGUAUUUUUCUACCUAUCUGGCUUUUUGUUGCUGUAGGAUAUGAACACUCUAUUGCUAACAUGUUUACAGUUCAAAUGGGUAUGAUGUUAGGCGCUGAUUUGUCGAUUACAAAAUAUAUAUUACAUAUAUUGAUACCCGUAACGCUUGGAAACAUUAUAGGUGGAGGAUUUUUUGUUGGUUUUACAUAUUGGUAUCUUUAUUUGGCGAAAACGUCAAACACCAGCACUAAAACUACUGUUAGAUUUUCGACCAAAGACGGUUAUCAAGUCGCGAAACAACAUGAUAACUUAGAUCUAUCUCAUCAACCUUAA